CUGGCUCCUGAUGGCACACUGGGUUUUGGUUUGCAGGAGGGAGAUGUCUCACACAGCCUGACGUGAAAACACACUCUUAGAGAAAAACAGCAGCAUCAACAUUGCAAAAACGAAGACCACAGUGAGACAUUAGCUUGCCCUCUCCAGCUUUAGAGAAGAGACCUUUGCACAGAUGGCCUGGAUAUGCAGUCAUCACGGGACCUCUGUGCCAGUGGUGAGUGUAGGAUUAUUUCUACUGAUGUGUGCAACAUGGGCCGAACCAUACAGGACCCCUUACACUGAGACAGACCAUGAUCGAUAUGAACCCAGAAAUCAUCAAAACACAGACCAUCGAGACACCAGUGUCAGCAGGACGCCCGAAUGCCGGCGAUGUUGUGACCCAGGAGAGGAGCCUCUUCAAUAUGGCAGCACUUACCCUCAAUACCAGGUGGUUCCACAGAUAAACAUCACCAUCCUUAAAGGGGAAAAGGGAGAAAGCGGCCAGCGUGGACCCGGUGGCAAAGUAGGCAAGACAGGGCAGGGAGGCCCAAGAGGACCGAAUGGCUUAAAGGGCUCCAAGGGCAAUAUGGGAACCCCAGGAGAACCCUGUAAAUCCUACUAUUCUGCCUUCUCAGUAGGCCGAAAGAAAGCCCUGCAUAGCAACGACUACUACCAGACGCUGGUAUUUGACACAGAAUUAGUCAACCUCUACAACCAUUUCAACAUGUUCACAGGCAAAUUCUUUUGCUACGUGCCAGGAAUUUAUUUCUUCAGCCUCAAUGUACACACAUGGAACCAGAAGGAGACGUACCUGCAUGUGAUGAAAAACGAGCAGGAGGUGGCCAUCCUGUAUGCGCAACCCAGUGAUCGCUCCAUCAUGCAGAGCCAGAGUUUGAUGCUGGAGCUGAAGAGAGAUGAUGAGGUGUGGGUUCGACUCUAUAAGGGUGAGAGAGAGAAUGCCAUCUUCAGCGAUGACUUUGAUACCUACAUUAUGUUCAGCGGUUACCUCAUCAAAGCCGACGGUGAAGCUUAGCAGACUUCAGUGAUGCACUAGUAGGCACAAAAUACAUAUAUUUGUAUAGAGCCAUGGAAUUAUCACCGUAAUGCUUAUUUUAGAUCUUUUAUAUUGGACAUUUAAGAUUUAUAAAAAGUCCUUCUGGAUUUAUUUAAUCUGAGUAUAAAGUACAGAGACAGGGGAAUAUCAGUGGUGUUGGGAGCAUAAAGCUGAACCAGGGACCAAAAUAAAAAAGUGUGGCUUAUGACCUGUAUUACUCUAUAUUACUCUAUUACUGUAUUAUGCUCAAAUAUUUAUUUUGUUAAGCUUAGCUAUGAAAGAGAGUGGAGUUAUUGUGGGUUUGUUUCACAGGUCAACACUUACACAACAAUCUACCUGUCUUUAGGAUGGGUUUGGUGCUUCAUUUUGCACAUGAUGAUGGAAAUAUUUUGCAAAUGUUGCUCUGAUCAAGUACGACACAGUCCGACGGUACUGUUGAACAGGCACAUAUUAUCUGGAAUAGAAUUUUGUAAUAAAUAUAUUUCUGUAUUAUUAGAAAUUGCAUUUAUAGUAUAUUUACCAAUAAUUUAGAUACACUCUGAAAUCUUGGGAAAUAUUUUCAAAAAAAGAAAGAAAGAGAAACGAUUUAGCCGUGAAGUGAAAUGUUGUAUUCAUAGUUUGUUACUUAAAAGUUUGUCAGAUCCCUCCUCCAUGAGAUGAGAGAACUCAGAUCUCAUGGCAUUUACAGGAAAUUCUUAAUAAAAGGCGAAGUGGAAGCCUCGGGAGGAGGCAUUUUUAUUGUCAACAGCUGUAAAUGUUCUUCUUUCUCUCUCUGACAUUAAUAGAAAAUGUGUUACAGGCCAGUUAUUUAAACUUCUUAUUACAAAUAUGAUGUACAUAUUAAUGACCUUGCAUAUUUAUCAAAUUAAAACUUAUAAAUAAUAAUAACACAAAAAAACAGCUGACACUUUUAAAAUAAACUGGUGUCAUGUGUGGGGGUGUCUUUAUUUUCGCUGGCUUGGGUGGACUAUGAAAAGUGUCCAAGUGCUCUUGACCCAUAGGAAUGUUUCCUGGCUUGGAAGUUUAUAGAUAUAUUAGGGUCCAAAUGCUUCACACCCUGUUUGAUUAUAGCUAAAUGACAGCAGUAGCACUUUCAACAGCAAUUUCUUAACACACUUAGUUGAGAUGCAGACAUUUGCCUUUGACUUUAACUGCUGUAAGUACAGUACGCUGGCUUUAAUCCUGCUAUUAUCAUUGACAGAUUGAUAACAGCCAUUAAUGGCCAUUGUCAGUGUGUGUGGUGCUCUCACGUUCAGUUUUAUUGCAGUCAUUAAGACAUAUAUUAUGGUAAUGCAUCACAGCUAUGCACAUAACACAUGACGAGUUUAAUAGCAUGUGGGUAAACAAAGCCGUGAUGCAGUCCAGAUGUCAGAGUCUUUGAUGCUGAUGCUGGUGUUACUCUGUCAAACAAAAACAACACUACAGAAAUGACACAAAACCAAGUUAUCUAUCAGUAACUACAUCGUACGAGGAGAUGACUAUUUUUCCAUCAUGAUUUAACUAUGUCUAAAAACAUAGCAGGUACAGAGACCCUCAUUACAAUAAACAGAAACAAAACUUAACCUUUGUCACCCUCUUGUGGUUGCUGUAUUGAUGACAACUUGUUUUUAAAAAAUAUUGCUCUGUGUAAGUGUUACGCUUCACUGUAUGAUAAUGAGUCUCAGAUGAGCUAACAGGCUAUUCAUUGUACUCACUCCUAACUCACAAGGUUUGUUAUGCAAUAAACAUUUACUUUUUAUACACCUUUAU